AUGAUGAUGGACUCCUUUGGACAUUCAUUUUUGUUUGAGUUCGAUGAAGUUUUGCUGGUUUUGUGGGAACCGGUCGAUAUCACAUCCGGAUUGGUCAUAUGGCUAACGGCUCGAGCUAUCCGAAAACGUGAUCCGUACAUGUAUCCUCGAGGACGAACGCGUUUGCAACCGAUUGCUUUAAUAAUCGUCUCGGUGAUAAUGGGUGUAGCCUCGAUGCAAAUGAUCGUGCAGUCUCUCGAAUCCGUCAUCCGUCAGAACGUUGAUCCGCACGUCAACUUGAUAUCU